AUGCAGAUGCAGUACCGCCCGUCCAACGACAAGUCCGCGGGCUCCAACUCGCCGUCGUCGUCCCGCGGACGACUGCCUCCCGAGGGGCAGAGGAUCACUCUGCUCCCGACGGCGCGACGAGCGCCGAACCGUAGCGUCGCCGCGGACGGCCGGAAGAAGUCGACGCGCUGGCCAGGGAGCAGCAUGCGCUGCGCGCUCCAAGCCCCACAGGCAGGAAGAAGCAAGCAAUCAACCCCUCCUCCCGAUCCCCUGCUCCCGAUCCAAUCGGGCGCGGCGCAGCUGGUCGUCGGCCACCCGUUCGACACCAUCAAGGUGAAGCUGCAGAGCCAGCCCACGCCGCCGCCCGGCCAGCCGCCCAAGUUCGCCGGCGCCAUGGACGCCGUCAAGCAGACCAUCUCGGCCGAGGGCCCCCGGGGCCUCUACAAGGGCAUGGGCGCCCCGCUCGCCACCGUCGCCGCCUUCAACGCCGUGCUCUUCAUCGUCCGGGGCCAGAUGGAGGCCCUACUGCGCUCCGAGCCCGGCGCCGCGGUCACCGUCGGCCAGCAGGUCGUCGCCGGCGCUGGGGCCGGCGUCGCCGUCUCCUUCCUCGCCUGCCCCACCGAGCUCAUCAAGUGCAGGCUGCAGGCGCAGAGCGCGCUGGCCACAGCCGCUCCUGCCGCCGCCGCCGCAGCCGCUCCCGCGGGCGGCGCGGCUGCCACCGUCACCGCCACGGCCAAUGCUGCCGCGGUCAAGUACGGCGGGCCGCUGGACGUGGCGAGGCACGUGCUGCGGUCGGAUGGCAGCAGCGCGGCGGCGGGCGCGUAG